CAAGAGAGAUGUUACUAGUCGGGAGCCUUGUUGUCCUCUGUGGGCUGCUGGCCCAGAGCACAGCCCAGCUGGCAGGCCUGCCCUUGUCACAGAACCAGGGCCUGCCUUUGGCUGUGACUCCAGAACUGCCUUCAAAUCCCACAAAUCAUCUUGCUGGAAGCUUCACAAACGAGCUCAGCCGUGGCCUGCUGUCAGGGGGACUGCUGGGCAUACUGGAAAACAUUCCACUCCUGGAUGCUGUAAAGUCUGUAGGAGGCAAUUCUAAUGGCCUGGUUGGGGGCCUGCUUGGAAAACUGACGUCAUCCCUCCCUCUCCUGAACAGCAUCCUUGACAUAAAAAUCACUGAUCCCCAGCUGUUGGAACUUGGCCUGGUGCAGAGCCCUGAUGGCCAUCGUCUCUACGUCACCAUCCCUCUGGGCUUGAGACUCAAAGUGAACACGCCUGUUGUUGGAAGUCUCUUGGGACUGGCCGUGAAGCUGAACAUCACCGCAGAAGUCUUAGCUGUGAAAAACAAUCAAGGGAAGAUUCAUCUGGUUCUUGGUGACUGCACCCACUCCCCUGGCAGCCUGCAAAUCACCUUGCUCAAUGGAGUCACUCCCGUUCAAAAUGUUUUAGACAACCUUACAGGGAUAUUGACUAAAGUCCUUCCUGACCUGGUCCAAGGCAAGGUAUGUCCUCUGGUCAAUGAGAUUCUCAGCAAUUUGGAUGUCACCCUGGUGCAUGACAUUGCUGAAUUACUGAUCCAUGGACUAGAAUUUGUCGUCAAAAUCUAGGCUUCCCAGGAAGGAAGACCUGCCUUGGAUGAGCUGGUGAGCUCUGCUCCACAUCCCUCAGUAUUUGAGGAUUGGCCAUUAUCCUUCUAGAAGGAAGCAUG